GAAAACAUCUCUUGGUUCUAUUUGUGGAAUCAGCCACUGGUCGCAGAUAUACAGCUUAGACACUGACAAAGUGACAAGGUCAUUUUUAUCAAUUAAUUAUACUGUCAAAUAGGAGUACUACAAAAAUAUGUGACAGACACCAACGGCUAAAACCCACCAAGCCCAAAUAAAGCAAACUCCCCCAGCCAUUAAAAAACCCGCUCAAACCAACCAAGAAUAGCACAACAGCUCGCGCAAAUCCUUCUCCUUCCCGCCUUCUCUCCUGCUCUGCUCUCCACCGUCAAAGCUCCACAGAGCCAUCUCUCAAUCCCACCCGAUCGCACGACGCACCAGCCCAAUCUACACAACACACUACACCGGGUGAUCGAGAAGCAGUCCCACCGCGGCGGCCGGGGGCGCACGGCCAUGGGGAAGCACGGCGGCGGCCUGGACGUGGACGUGGAGAAGGGCGGGGCGGCCUGUAUGUACAUGAUCGAGACACCGGAGCUCCGGUGGGCGUUCAUCCGCAAGGUGUACGCGAUCGUGGCGCUGCAGCUGCUGGCCACCAUCGCCGUCGCCGCCACCGUCUACCUCGUGCCGGACAUCCGUGCCUUCUUCCUCGCCCGCACCCCGGCCUCCCUCGCCGCCUUCGUGCUCAUCCUCGUCGCCACCAUCCUCGUGAUGAUCCCCAUGAUGUGCCUCCGGAACCGGCACCCCAUCAACCUCAUCCUACUCGGCCUCUUCACCAUUUGUAUGAGCUUCUCCGUCGGCCUGGGAUGCCUCUCCAGGAAAGGAGUAAUCAUAAUCGAGGCGGCAACGCUGACAUUCGUGGUGGUCUUGAGCCUGACGAUCUACACGUUCUGGGCGGCCAAGAGAAGCCAUGACUUCAGCUUCCUCGGGCCCUUCUUGUUCGCGGCAUGCCUCAUCCUGAUGCUCUUCAGCCUCAUCCAGGUCAUCUGCUCCUGCAACCAACUAACCAUCUAUCCAAACAAGGGUCGGUCUUUCUCACCAGCAUCACUCACAUAUAGAGAGAUGCUUUGUCUUAUUUGCUGUGCUGCAGAUGUUGAUGCCGAUGGGCAAAGUGGGGACGACGGUGUACGGGUGCGUCUCGGCGCUGGUCUUCUCCGGGUUCAUCAUCUACGACACGGACAACCUCAUCAAGAGGCACGCCUACGACGAGUAUGUCACGGCGGCCAUCUCGCUGUACCUCGACAUCAUCAACAUCUUCAUGGCCAUUCUCUCUGCCCUCUCAGAUUGCUAGACAUUUCUUGUUCAUGUGUUGCUGCUGCUGCUGCCAUGCCAUGCUGGAUGCGGAUCACCCCAAAUAACAUCCGCAGGGACAAAACUUGUCGAGAAAUCGCGGUCCGGUGAAUGUAUAAAAGUGUAUGUGUUUGGCUGAACAAUUGAUAAUGGGGGAAAUGAGAUAUGGUUCGCUGGUCAGUCAAAA